UAGUGCAGCUUGUAUAACAGUGUAAAUCUGCUGUCCCCUCAAAAUAACACAUCACACAGCCGUCAAUGUCAAAACUGCUGGUAACAAAAGGGAGGACACCCCUAAGUGAAAAUGUCCAAAGUGUGAAUAUUUUGUGGCCUCCAUUAUUCAUAUUUCCAUUGUAGCAAAGUUUCUUCAGUGUUGAUAUAUGAUACGAUGUAAUCAGAUAUUUACAGAAAUGUGGUGGGUGGACUCUGUGAGAUACUGUAGAGUGAAGAAGAAUAUUUCCCUCUUAGAUAAGAUUCAGGUCGGCUCAGCAGUACAUCACUCUGAGAUAUUAUCAUCAUAGAGUACGGUCUAGACCUGCUCUUUUAUGAAAAGCGCUGUGAGAUAACUGUUGUUGUGAUUUGGCGCUAUAUAAAUAAAAUUGAAUUGAACUGAAUUGAAUUGAGAUGUAGUAGAAGUACACAGUAGCAUAAAAGGGAAAUACUCAAGUACAUGACAGUUGUCCUUAAGCAGUAAUUGAGUACCUUGCUGCUGGGAUCGAGUUCAUUUGAACAGACUCCACUGUUACAUCUCACAGCGUCACUUUUAGGGACACAGACUGACCCUGACCUGAACACCUGGACCAAAAAUCAGCCUGGUCAAACUGGGGACGUUUGACAAGCCGUCUUCAGUCAGCUGGUCUGAGAGUGAUUGACAGCUCAGGGGGGUGGAGCCAGAAGGGUCCUGCAGCUGCAGAGUUGACUUCAGACGGCGGCCAUGUUGUUUCUGGCCAGGUUACUGAUCCUGAUGAUGAUGAUGAAGAGUGACGCUGCCUCUGCAGAGACCAUCAUGGCCCACAGCGGCGAGGCGGUCCUGCUGGACCCGAACCUGACAGGGCCGGUGAACAAUAAAUGGGACUUUCGAUGGACUCAGCUUCCCAGCCAGUUGUUGACCCCGAAGAACAACAACAGGACCUGUGGCGGCGGACGCUGUGAGCUGCUGAGAAACGGCUCGCUGAGAUUCAGCCGAGUUCAGACCGCUGACGCAGGAAACUACAGCCUGCAGGUGUUUGAUGAAGGAGGGAAACGAAAGAUGGACAAGGUCAUCCUGCUCAGGGUGGAGUCCAGAGACACCAGAGAUGAUGGCGGCGGCGGCGGCGGCGGCGGCAGCAGCAGUGUGGUGGUGUCUGUUUUAACCUGCUGCUUCCUCCUGAUGCUGCUCUUCAUCAUCUUCUUCAUCUUGAGGAGGAGGAAGAGUCAGAUGAUGAGGACUACAGGUCCACCACAGGAAAAUGUUUAUGUGGUGAUGCACACUAGCCAUAGCAACGAGGGGAAAGACGAGGAGGAGCCACAAUGUAGUUAUGGUCCUUUGGAAGAAAAUGUUGAAGUGAUGAUGUGUGACGCGAAAGAUGACAAGCACAAGACAGAGCAGAAGUCUAGUUAUGAUCCUUGGGAGAAAAAUGUUUAUGAGAUGAUGCACGUCACCAACAAGGGGAAAGACGAGGAGGAAGGGAAGCACCAGAGAGAGCAGGGCUCUAGUUAUGAUCCUUGGGAGAAAAAUGUUUAUGAGAUGAUGCACGUCACCAACAAGGGGAAAGACGAGGAGGAAGGGAAGCACCAGAGAGAGCAGGGCUCUAGUUAUGGUAACACACACACAAACAUACAGUAACAAAUGCUAACAGAUGCUAUAUAAUGCUAACAUGUUCUACUCAAUAGUUAAUCCUCUUGUUUCCAUGGAAUCAGAAUCAGCUUUAUUGCCAGGUAUGUGUACACACAAAUGAGGAAUUUGACUCAGGAUUGUACACUGCUGACGAUUUGCUUACUCAUACAGUAAUACAAUAAAACAAAAAUAACAUAAAAUAACAGCUGAUGUCUGUGGAUGUAGAAGACAUCUGCAUGUGAUGACCAAUUAGAGCUCAUCUUGUUUUUAGCUUGCUGUGUCUUACCUGUACACCACAACUCACCUUUAGGUGCAGAGGUCAGAGACUUGUUGCAGCGGUGGGGGACUUAUUGCUGAUGUCCGGGGACUAGUUGCAGUUGUCUGGGGACUAGUUGCAGAUGUCUGGGGACUAAUUGCAGAAGUUGGGGACUAGUUGCAGAGGAAGGGGACUGGUUGCAGAGGUUGGGGACUGCAUAUUAAUUGCAGACGUCCGGGAACUAAUUGCAGAUGUCUGGGAACUAAAAAAAUGUUUAUGAGAUGAUGCACGUCACCAACAAGGGGAAAGACGAGGAGGAAGGGAAGCACCAGAGAGAGCAGGGCUCUAGUUAUGGUAACACACACACAAACAUACAGUAACAUAUGCUAACAGAUGCUAUAUAAUGCUAACAUGUUCUACUCAAUAGUUCACAUUAAUCCUCUUGUUUCCAUGGAAUCAGAAUCAGCUUUAUUGCCAGGUAUGUGUACACACAAAUGAGGAAUUUGACUCAGGAUUGUACACUGCUGACGAUGUGCUUACUCAUACAAUAAAACAAUAAUAACAUAAAAUAACAGCAGAUGUCUGUGCAUGUAGAAGACAUCUACAUGUGAUGACCAAUUGGAGAUCAUCUUGUUUUUAGCUUGCUGUGUCUUACCUGUACACCACAACUCACAUUUAGGUGUAUAGGUCAGAGACUUGUUGCAGCGGUGGGGGACUUAUUGCUGAUGUCCGGGGACUAGUUGCAGUUGUCUGGGAACUAGUUGCAGAUGUCUGGGGACUAAUUGCAAAGGUUGAGAACAUGUUACAGAGGUCAGGACUGCAUAUUAAUUGCAGAUGUCUGGUAACUAGUUGCAGAAGUCAGUAGAUUAAAAUCUGCUCUCUUGCUUCAGAUCCUUUGAAGAAAAAUGUAUAUGAGAUGAUGCAUGUCACCAACAAGGGGAAAGACGAGGAGGAAGGGAAGCACCAGAGAGAGCAGGACUCUAUUUAUGAAACACCAAUCACAAAGCAGAUGUCUGUGGAUGUGGAAGACAUCUACGUGUGACGACCAAUCAGAGCUCAUGUUGUUUUUAGCUUGCUGUGUCUCACCUGUACACCCCAACUAACCUUUAGUUUCCAUCCACUGUCUUACCGGUUGUGCAUUUUUCAGUUUCUUAUUUUUAUUUAAAAAAAUAAAGUAAACUUGUAUGAACCUUC